AUGAAGCCACAGUUCCACGCCCUCAUUCUGGGCACCAUCUUCUUCUGGGGUGCCGGCCUUGUUGCCGUCCUUGGUACAUUUGCCUUUAACCUCAAGAACAGGUCGUGCGAUGGUGGGCUGGUCCGCACUCUCAUCAUCACUCUCACCUUCUGCAUGUGGAUCUUGACAGCGGUAGUCGGUGUGGUGGUGGCGGCAGUGACUCGUGCCGCGUCGUCGAAGGCAGGGACGGUCGGAGAUGGUUCGACCACCCAUUUUGGCUUCCGGGACGUGCCUGUGGAUGAGAAGAAGGCCUUGGUUGGCGAGGUCUUUUCCAAUGUGGCUGAUAUGUACGAUGUGAUGAACGAUCUCAUGUCUGCCGGAGUUCAUCGGGUGUGGAAGGACCAGUUUGUCCGGGCCCUCGAUCCGACGCCCGGCAUGCGUAUGCUCGACGUGGCCGGCGGGACGGGCGACAUUGCCUUCCGCUGCCUCGACCACGCCGGGCGCAAGCCGGCAGGUGCUGCCACGGCUCCGGCCAAGGUCACCGUCUGCGACAUCAACGAGGGCAUGCUCGGCGUCGGUCGCGAGCGGGCUGCCGCCGACGGCCGCGAUCCGGCCGGCCUUGAGUGGGUCCAGGGCGAUGCCGAGGCGCUGCCGUUUGAAGACAAUACGUUUGACUCAUACACCAUCUCGUUUGGCAUCCGCAACACGACUGACGUUGCUGCUGCCCUUCGCGAGUCGUAUCGGGUCCUUCGCCCGGGCGGCCGUUUCCUCUGCCUCGAGUUCUCCCGCGUCGCCCUCCCUGUCCUCUCGCAGGCCUACGAUGCGUACUCGUUCCAGCUCAUCCCACUGCUGGGCGAGCUGGUGGCCAACGACCGCGACUCGUACCAGUACCUCGUCGAGUCCAUCCGCCAGUUCCCGGACCAGGAGACGUUCAAGGCCAUGAUCGACGACGCCGGCUUCCGCGCCGUCUCUUACUCGAACCUCUCGUUUGGCAUCGCCGCCAUGCACUCGGGCUUCAAGCUAUACAAGGUACAGCUGAGGACCGAGCAACAAGUGAGGAUGUCGCGCAAGGGCGGUGAGUCAUACUGGAUUGGCGGGGUCAACGUCAAGUUCCCCUUCAAGGCCUACCCCUCGCAAAUGGCCAUGAUGGCCAAGGUGAUCAAGGCCGUGGCGGAGAAGAAGAAUGCCCUCCUCGAGUCGCCCACCGGCUCAGGCAAGUCGCUCGCCCUCCUCUGCUCAACGCUUGCUUGGCAGCGUGAGGUUCUCACCCGCCGGGCUGCCGCUCGCCGUCGCCUCCGUGAGUACCGCCUGGCCCAGACCGUGCGGAUGGCCAAGUCGGCGGUGGCCCACGACGAGCUGCACAAUUCACGUCGCCGGCCUACCGGCCCGCAUCCGCCGCCGCCGCCCGGUCCGUCCAAGCUCGUCGAUCUUCUGGAGCCAUCAGCCAAGGAGCCACUGCCGGGUGAUGACGGCGAUGGUGACGCAACGCCUCAGCCGGGAGGCGGUCCGCUGCCGGCGCAGCCGCCGCCGGGCUUGGGCGACAAUCAGGCGACGGCGAUGGUCGCGUCUGCCGAGCCGCAGCCUGGACGAACGACGAUGCUGUCGUCAGACGAUGACUUUAUGCCCGGCCCGGCACCCCCGCCGCUCCCGCCUAGCCCGCCUGUGGAGGCCAAGCCGCGGGCGUCGACGCCGCCGCCGGGCCCGCCGGCCAAGAGGGCCAAGCUGCUCUCUGGGAGCUUCAAAGGCAAGGGCAAGGUGUCCAAUAGCGCAAGCGAGUCCCGGGGCGAAGAUGCGAUGUUUGACUCGGGUGAUGCAGAAGCGGACAAGCAGGCGCGAGCCGACGCCGCCGAGCUCGCGCAGGACCCGCCGCGGAUCUACUUUGCGUCGCGGACCCACUCGCAGGUGCAUCAAAUUGUGGGCGAGCUGCGGGCGACGGCGUACCGGCCGCGGAUGGCGAUUCUGGCCUCGCGCGAGCAGUACUGCAUCCAUCCGCGGGUCUCCAAGUCUGCCCGACGCAACGACGAGUGCAAGGCCCUGCUCGAGCACGCAGGCUGCGGGUUCAACCACAAUGUGCAGCGGCUGGCGAGCGACCCAGUGUUCUCGACCAAGGUGUGGGACAUCGAGAACCUGGUGUCGGCCGGUCGGCGCAAGCGCGGGUGUCCGUACUUUGCGUCCAAGAACCUGGCUGAGACGGCUGACAUUGUGUUCUGCCCAUACAACUACCUCGUUGAUCCACUAGUCCGCGGCUCGAUGUCGAUCGCGCUCUCCAACGCUAUUGUCAUCCUCGAUGAGGCCCACAACAUCGAGGACUCGUGCCGUGACGCCGGCUCGGCGCAGCUCACGCUCGACUCGCUUGAUCACGCGCAGAAAGAUCUCGACGCAGGACGCAAGACGUCUGACACAGCGCGCGCUGCGUACGAGCCGUUGCUGGUUGUCAUCGACGCCGUUCUAGGCUGGCUCCGCAACACGGCGGCGUCGUCGCUGCGCGGCGUCGAAUAUGAGGUAGAGGAGUCCCCGGAGCUCGCCGGCCGCUCGCUCCUUGCGGCGCUGGAGCAAAUGGGACUCACGCCGUCGUCGCUCGUUGUCGUCCGAGCCGCCCUCAAGUCGGCCAACGACAUCCGGCAAGAAAAGUCGAAGCGCGACUCGGCUGAGGGCGGGCCGCGCGAUGACGACAACACCCAUGUCCUCACCGCAGAGACCUUUGUUGUCCUGGAGACGCUGCUGUUUGUGGUCGACAUUUGCGUCCGCGACGACGGCGUGCACGCUGCCGACUAUGUCAUGCUGGUGCGCAAGGUGCGCAAGGCGCAAUUUGGGCGCGGGCGCGGCGGGCGCGGCGGCGGGCGCGGCGGACGUGGUGGACGCGGCGGCGGGCACAUGGACUCGGGUCUCUUUUCGACGCCGAACCGGCAUCGGCAGCGGCGGGGCGCUCGUUCGGCACAGCGCGCGUUUGCGUCGUCACCACUGUCGGCGGUGACGGUUGGUAGCGGGCACGGUGGGGCGAGCCCAGGCAGCAGCGGGAACCAAGGUGGAAGCGGCCCUAGCCGCAGCGCAGGCGAGACCGGGUUCGAAACUUCGCUCAACUUUUGGUGCAUGAACCCGGGCAUUGUGUUCAACUCGCUUGCUGGUGAGUCGCGGUCGGUCAUCCUCACCUCUGGCACGCUCUCGCCGCUCGACUCGUUCGAGUCUGAGCUGAUGGCGCCAUUUCCGAUUGUGCUCGAGGCUGGGCAUGUAAUCGACAUGGAGAAGCAGGUGUUUGUGACGCCACUGGUCCAGGCGCCGUCUGGCUACACGCUCAACUCGACGUGGAAGCACUCGAACACGCUCGAGUUCCAGGACCAGCUCGGCGAGACGGUCAAGGCGCUGGCGCACAUUGUGCCGCACGGAAUGCUUGUUUUUGUCACGUCGUACACGCUGCUGGACAAGCUCGUGAAGCGGUGGAAGGAGACCGGGCUAUACGCACAGCUCUCGCAGCUGAAGCGUGUGGUGCAGGAGCCUCGGGCCAAGGCCGACUUUGAAGGUACCAUGGCCAAGUUCUACGCAGCGAUCAAGGGCUCCAAGGCGUCGCCGCCGACGAUCGGCGGGGCGGUGCUGCUUGCGGUCUACCGUGGCAAGGUCUCCGAGGGCAUCGACUUUUCCGAUGACAACGCGCGGUCGGUGCUUUGCGUUGGCAUCCCGUACCCCAACAUCAAGGACCGCAAGAUCACCAUCAAGCGGCGAUACAACGACACACACUCGACGAGCCGCGGACUGCUGCCGGGCUCCAAGUGGUACACGCUGCAGGCGUUCCGAGCCCUCAACCAGGCGCUCGGCCGGUGCAUCCGCCACCGCAACGACUACGGCUCGAUCCUGCUGGUCGACGAGCGGUUCGCACGGUCCUCGAUCGCACCGUCGCUCUCCAAGUGGGUCCGCACUGCCAUCCAAUCGUUCCCCAAUCCGCAAGCCUUUGGCCAGGCGCUGCACAACUUUCAUUCGGCAGCCGCCGAGGCCGCUGAGCAGCGGGCGGCGGCGGCGUCGGGCAAGCCCGCGGUGGUGCUCGAGCUCGACGGCGAUGACGAGAGCGGGCCAGCCGGCGCGCCGAGCGACGCUACUUGCAGUGCAGGGCUCGACGAUGAGGAAGCCAAGGACGUGAUCGAGCUCGGAUGCCGGGCGUGUGGGCAGAUUGUGACGACCGGCAAAGUUCCGCGCGGAUCGGCCACCGAGUCGGAGCUCCGGGCCCACGGGUGGCAGCUGCGGCCCUCUGUGCCGGACGCGGAGUGA